AUGGGGCUUCCUGAACAAAUCGAGACUCGCCUUUUCAUCAACGGGGAGUUCGUAGAGUCUUCCGAUGGCAAAACCUUCGAUAUCACCAAUCCGGCUACACUGAAGCAUGUAGCAAAGGUUCACGAAGCAUCCGAAAAGGAUACGGAUCGAGCUGUUGCCUCAGCGAAGGCCGCUUUCCCAUCAUGGUCCGCUUUGUCGCCAGCCCAGCGAGCACCUUACUUCAAGAAGCUUGCUGCUCUGAUUCGCGAAAACAAUGACGAACUUGCUGCCCUUGAAGCUGCAUCAAUGGGGAAGCCUAUUGGUUCCUUUUUCGAUGGCUUUGCUGCGGCUGGAAAAUUCGAUCAUUACGCGGAAGCCGGACAUACUGUUCAAGGAACGACCAGUGUGCAAACCCCUGGGUUUCUGAAUUUAACGUUACGCCAGCCGUACGGGGUUGUGGCUGCUAUCAUUCCUUGGAACGUUCCUCUUCUUUUCUUAGCAGGCAAGGUCGCACCUGCGCUUAUCGUCGGUAACACAGUCGUUGUAAAGAGCAGCGAGAAGGCCCCUUUGACAUCCGCGAAGCUAGCCACUCUUGUCCAAAAAGCAGGGUUCCCUCCCGGUGUGUUCAACGUCAUCACGGGUUUUGGUAACGUCAGCGGAUCUAUCCUAAGUCACCACAUGGACGUUCGGGCUCUAUCCUUCACUGGAUCCGGACGGACGGGUAGGCUCAUCCAAGCGGCCGCUGCAAAGUCAAAUUUGAAGGCAGUGUAUCUUGAAUUAGGAGGUAAAUCUCCGGCAGUCGUCUUCGAAGAUGCCGAUCUUGAGAAAGCUGUCCAGGACACUGCAUACAGCGUCCAGUCGAACAGCGGACAGGUCUGCAUGAUGAACUCGCGCAUAUACGUGCAAGACACUGUCUUUGACAAGUAUGUUGAACUCUUCAAGGGAUAUCUUACAAGCAAAGUAGCUGUGGGCGACCCGUUAGAGAAGGACAUCAACCACGGCCCUCAGGCGGACGAAGCCCAGCACAAGACCGUCCUUCGUUACUUGGAGAUGGGCAAACAGUCCGGCAACCUAGUAAUUGGCGGUGCAGCGCCUUCAGACCGAGAAGGAUACUACAUCCAGCCUACAGUAUUCACCAACACGCCGGAAGACGCCCAAAUCAUGAAAGAAGAAGUAUUUGGGCCAGUGGUGAACAUAAACACCUUCAAGACGGAAGAAGAAGUACUCGCAAAAGCGAAUGACACUGAGUUUGGCCUGUACGCAGCGGUCUACACGAGGGACAUCAGCCGUGCGUUACGAUUUGCAAAGGGUCUGGAAGCUGGCACGAUUGGCGUCAACUGCACGAGUCCUACGACCGCACUCAAUGAUGGGCCCUUUGGAGGCUACAAGUCGUCUGGCACGGGUAGAGAAGGAGAGCCGUUCUACUCACUGAGCAACUUUCUUGAAACAAAGUCGGUCGUCAUUAAAUUAGACUAG